CACUGACGGAAUUACAGUAAUCUGUCAAAGUAAUUUUCACAAUCUUGUUCACUUUUCAUUGCGAAAAAAUGGUGGACGUGGCUAAAGAUUGAUGCGUAUUUUUCGAAUUUGAUGGUCCUUUUGGAAAUAAACUCCUCGUGAUUUGCAAGUGUUCACUACCAGAGAGCAAGUUCUAGUGAUUUUGUUGUGAACGGUCAAUAAUCUUUGGAAAAGUUGUGGUUAAUUUUGCGUUUCUUCCUCUGCGGGCUUGCAGAAAAAAGAUUCUAGUGAAAGUGGGCAAGUUGCAGAAUAUUAGUUUAAAGUGGAGAAAAAUGUCCGAGGUUGUGCUUGUUGGGAAGGGAGGAUUGCCGGCGGUCAACUCGCUAGCCGGAGGAUCAGCGGGAACGCAAUCCGAUCCGGAAAUGAAGGGUUGGCUUCUCAAAUGGACAAAUUACCUCAAGGGAUACCAGAAACGGUGGUUUGUUCUUUCCAAAGGAGUUCUCUCUUAUUACAGGGCUGAACACGGAGCAGGAGCGAACACAGGGGGCCGGAGUGCCGGGGGCAAAUUAUCUAUCAGACGACGCAGGAAAGGCCCCCGAGCAGAGAGCAAAGGAUCCAUGAUGCAAUGUAUUCGAGCACCUCGCUCGCCCACAAGGCUGGUUCCCCCACAAGAGCCGAGAAAAGAUAAAAAGAAAUACAAAAAAAAUCAAGCCGAGAUGACACACACCUGUCGCGGUACAAUAUCCCUCCAUGGCGCUCUUAUCCACACCGUAGACUCGUGUACCUUUGUGAUAUCGAACGGUGGGACACAAACGUUCCACAUUAAAGCUGCCAACGAAGUGGAACGACAGUCCUGGGUGACAGCGCUGGAGCUAGCCAAAGCCAAAGCAAUACGGGCGAUGGAGAGCGAUGAGGAGGAAGAGGAUACUGCCGCAAACACGAUUCCUAGCGAGGAACUCAACCUAGUUGUAAGAGAAUUGUCUAUUAGAUUAGAAAAUUUGAAGACAUGCUACGAUCUGAUUACGAAGCAUGGUGCAGCCCUACAACGGGCCCUAUCGGAACUGGAAUCCGGCGAAGAUUUGGCAAACAAAACGAAAAUAGUCAGUGAACGCGCAACGCUGUUCCGGAUAUCCUCUAAUGCCAUGAUAAACACUUGUUCUGACUAUCUACAAACGGCGCAAACACAGGGCCACAAAUGGUCCAAGAUGCUGCAGCAUGAACGUGAUCAGAAGCUUCAAUUAGAACAGAUGGUCGAGCAGUUAGCUAGACAGCAUUCUCAUCUGGAGCAGGCAGCGCAUCGUCACAGACCGAACGCAGCCACUUCCGCUUCCGACGACGAAGACAAUGAAUUUUAUGAUGCACAAGAAGAAGGCGGUUCCGUUGCUUCACAGGAAGAUAGCUCGUUCAUACUGAAGAUUCCAGUUGCUCAUCAUCGUCGUAAUUCUAACGACGCAACGGGUAGUUCCUCAGAAGGCGAAGAAGGCAAUAGCGAAACACAGCAAGUAUUAGUAGUCACCGAUAACCUAGACAAUAUGGAUGUGACGGAUAGAAUAUCUGUAAAUAGUAACCAAGCCCUAACACCAACGUACUCCAAUCAGUCUACAAGAGUGACACGGAAAAGGCGCACUCGGGUAACAGAGAAACCUAACUACCCGCUAAAUCUCUGGUCGAUUAUAAAGAACUGUAUCGGAAAAGAUCUGUCCAAGAUUCCUAUGCCUGUCAAUUUCAACGAGCCACUUUCGAUGCUUCAAAGAUUAACUGAAGACUUUGAGUACGCGGAAAUUUUAGAUAAAGCCGCCCAUUGUAAGGACACUUGCGAACAGUUAGCGUACAUUACUGCGUUUACAAUUUCAUCUUAUUCGACUACAAGUAGUCGUACCGGAAAACCAUUCAAUCCGCUACUCGGCGAAACGUACGAGUGCGAUCGAACGGACGAUCUCGGAUGGAGAUGUCUCAACGAACAGGUAUCUCAUCAUCCACCGAUGGCGGCGCAAUAUUGCGAGGGACGUGGAUGGAGGUGUUGGCAGGAAUUUACGAUGACUUCAAAGUUCCGCGGCAAAUAUAUACAAAUUGUUCCUCUCGGGUACACUCACGUUGAAUUUCCGGCAACUGGUAACAAGUUCACCUGGCGAAAAGUUACUACAACCGUACACAACAUCAUAGUUGGAAAGCUCUGGGUAGAUAAUCACGGCGAUAUGGAAAUCUAUGGCGAAAAAAAUGCCAAGGGUGUUAAAUGUCAUCUCAAGUAUUUGCCAUAUUCGUACUUUACACGGGAUACCCAGCGUCGGGUUAAAGGCGUAGUAAUGGACAAUGCCAGCCAAGUGAAAUGGGUAAUCAAUGGCACCUGGGAUAGCAAAAUAGAAAUCGCUCCCGUAACUUCCACUAGCGGAUCGGCGGAGAAUCCUGUCUUCAAAACUGGCAAUUAUAAAACGGCCUGGAGUCGGCGGCUGCCACCGAACGACUGUGAUAAAUACUACAACUUUACAGUGCUUGCCUGUCAAUUGAAUGAACCGGAGCCAGACGUGGCACCGACGGAUUCACGGUUGCGACCUGACCAACGGCUUAUGGAGGAUGGCAAAUGGAACGAAAGUAAUGCGGAAAAAUUAAGACUGGAAGAGAAACAACGAGCUCGGAGGCGUGAACGAGAAGCAGAAGCCGAGAAGGCAGCUGCCGAGGGACGCCCCUAUCCGCCAUACGAACCAAUUUGGUUCAACAAACAGAAGGAGGAAGGCACCGACAAUCUGGUGCAUGUGUACAAAGGCACCUACUGGGACUGUAAGUCGAAGCAGGACUGGUCCAAAUGUCCAGAUAUAUUUUAGGCAAGCAAUCGGUGUGGUAACUGGUAACAUCAUGUUUUCGACUAGUUAUACUAAAACGUUUGCUUCAUGGAUACGAUUAGUAUGCUAGUGGACGAGCGAACGGAAUGACGAGUAAAUGCGAGGAAAAUUGUUUUAUCUUCAAGUUAAUGCCGUUUAGUAUAAUUAAGGCAUAGGUGAGAAUGCUAAUGUUACUUUCAUUUAGAUUCGAAGAGCGAAUUAAUUGCUAGGUCACCUCUACUUUCGAAGAACGUAAAAACAAACGUUGUAAAGCCUAUAUUUAUUUAGUUUUUGUUUUGUUAACUUUUACCAAAAAGGCAACUCUAGUAACAAUCAAAAUCGAGCUGAAUUAUGCCUGACAGAGAAAUAAGCAGAUUUGAGAUGAGAAACAGAAAGAGCAUUGGAGGAAACUGAAAUGCGAUCUCCCUUUGAUAUGAUUGUAUCCAUACGAUAAUUGUGACACUCUCUUUGAGAAUUAAGUUAUUGAAUUUUGGGAUAACUUUACCUACAGAACUACUAUUGUUGCUAGCGGAAUAUAUAAUUACUAUUGUAUAAAAUCAACAACUAUUGAAUCAGAAUAGAUUGGUAACUGUGACAGCAAAAUGAGUAUUAUGGUGAGGUUUUAAAGUGAUACAAAUCCAGUUUUGUAACUGGAAAAACUACUCGUUUGUCUUGGUUUAAGGAGGAAUUCGAACGCGGUUGAGGAAGUCCGAUGCGCUAUAUUAUAUAUUGUUUAACUGCUGAAAAGGUCAAAAUCACUCAUUUUCUGUAUUGUCCGUGUUGUUAUUAUCAUAAUUAUACUACUAAAAUGGUAUACAUUACAUGUCAAAUUCCAAUCUAACCAAUUUGCUCUAAAAUAGCAAUCCAACGUGGAUAAAUAAUAUGUUCAGUUCCAGCAUGGCUUCAGAAAUACUACAACGUAAACAAUCUAGAACAAAAUGAUGCAAAAAUAACAGCUUACUCCCUACAUCAAACAGAAUUAAAAACAACCACGCUACACUAUCAGACUAAACAUGAGAAUUUAUGGAAACAGCAGCCUAAUCUAUUUGAAUGGCAACCAAUUUUUACCAAUGAACAUUUCUGCAACUGUUGGGAAAACGAAAAACAGAUGAAAUAUAAUAGGGCAAAAUUACUAGUUGUUACGCUUAUGAAGCUAUCUAAAACAAAAUAAGAAAAGUGGAAGUACGAGAA